GGGCGCAGCGGGCGACGCGUUCCCCGCGAGGCCCAGUCUGAGCAGUCAUGAUCACCGCUGGGGCCGCGGGAGACUGCCCCGUCGCCGCGGAGCGCGACACUGCAGAUGCCCCCGGAGCCCCGGGGCUCCAGGAGCUGGGGUGGCCCUGGAAAGACGCCCCGGUGCGGACGCUGGUGCAGCGCAUCGAGCAGCUGCAGGCUGAGCGCGCGCGGGCCUUCGGCCAGUUGGAGACAGCCCACCGCCGGUAUCUGCAGAGCGGCCCGCACCACGACUUCCCGAGCUACCGGAGCGUCGUGCACGAGGUGACUCAGGCCUUCUCCUCCGCCUCGCGCGAGGCGCUGGCUCUGGAAGCAGAGUUGGCCGGGCCGCGCGCGCAGCCGCUGCUCGCCGGUCACAUCCGCAGCCUGCAGCAGCUAGAGCAGACGCGCCUGACCACGGUGGCCAUGUUGCAGCUGAUGGCAUCGCCAGAGCUGGCGGGACACGCGGACGCCGCACGGAUGCACCAGCUGAAGCUGAAGGUAAUUAAAACCAUGGAGGCGAUCAGCGAGGUUCUCCAGGACCUUAGGUUUGAUGCAGAAUCUGCAGAGUGAUGGCGGCUCCCCAGGGACACCCUGAGAGAGCUGGGAAAUGAGACUGGGGGCAUCCAGCCCAGCCCUGACCGCCAGCUGGCCGAGGUCAUGGCCCCUGGGACCAGGACUCCUUCACGGUGACACCACCUAUAAUAAAGAACCCUGUGCCUGCA